CGCAAAGCUAACUCUUCAUCAUACAUAAAAAAAAACUUAGCAGCAUCGCAUAUUGCUUUUUAUUUUAAAAGUGCUGCUAACAGUGGAGUGAAAAUCAAGUGAUUUCAAGCAGGAAAAGUUGGGCGGAAAACAUUUUUAUAUACACACAGGGAACAAAUCUUCAAAAGUAUUAUCAGAAUAAUUUUUUACACACACACAAAAGUCAGUUUUAUACACGCUUCGAAUAUUUUUGUGACAAUAUUCAAGAAAAAAAAAACAUCACACUGUACAAAGAAUCUCAAUCAUCUAGGAAAUAGGAAAACUCAGCCACUUCACAUUAUUCUAAUAACCCAAAUCUAAACUCAUAAACACGUAAAUUAGCUAUAAGAAGUAAUUUACACGGGAGUUAUCGAAGCGAAUCCAAUGAAUUUAGUGUGGAAACACCACCAAAAACAUCAAAGAAUUUUAUUUGCUUAUAAAACAUGUCAAACAUGUCACUACCCCGAGAAUGGAAUUUCCAGGACUCGUGGGGGUCGUUGCACGGGCCUGAUGGGUCCCCCGAGAAGCAAGAAGUGUUCGAUUCGUCGUCAACGCGUUCCUCGAUCGGCAGUUUUCGCAUCCCGGGCAUCGAUGAAAUUCCCAUCACGAUCCCGACGAUCAAGUCGCUGCUCGCGGAAUGCAAUGUUGGCUCCUUGCACUCGAUUGUUUCGGCUCCGCCGGCGCCCAUCGACAACAAUUAUGGCUCGGAAAAUGUCAGUGUGCUGUCCGUACCGAUAGAUUCGCCGAAACGACCGAUUUCAUUGAUGUUGGAUGAGGCACGAGAUUUGCCGGAGAUUCCUCUGGUAAAGACGAAUGCGUUACAUUACCCACCUCCCUCGAGCGAAAUUGACGAAGAUGACAACGAAAAUUUGUUGACGGUAUCUUCGGUUACGGCUCGACCCCUUAUCGCCAAGUCACGCGAGAUACAGAGGAAGAAGAAAAAGAAGGCAAAACAGCAAAAACUUCAAGAAUGUCCUGAUGGUGGUUACGGUUGGGUAAUUGUAUUUGGUGCAUCGUCGGUGCUUUUCUGGGUCACCGGCCUAGUUAAGAGUUACGGCGUGUUGUAUGUGGAAAUAAUGGAAACGUUCCAGGGGAAAGCAAGUCUUGCUUCAUGGAUACCGGCUAUUUUAUCCGCAUUAUGUUUGGCAUUAGCACCCAUCUCGAGCGCUUUAUGCGAAAAAUACAGUUGUCGUCGUGUGGUUUUCAUCGGGGGCCUAUUUUGCGCGAUGGGACUCAUGCUGAGUUAUUUUGCCACGAAAUUGUGGCAUUUGUUGAUCACAUUUGGCGUUUUGACGGGCAUCGGAGGCGGAUUGUCAACGACUCCAGGCAUAAUUUUGGUUUCACGCUACUUUGAAAAGAGACGCGCUUUGGCGAAUGGACUUUGUAUAAGCGGCGCCGCUGUCGGAAGUUUCGUUUUUCCCAUCCUCAUUGAAUAUUUGGUCAAAUCGUACGGUUUUCACGGGACUUUUCUCGUUUUGGGAAGUUGUAUGUUGCACGUUUGCAUGGCUUCAAUGCUUUAUCGACCGCCGCCAGACUUCACUUUGUUAACUCUCAAAGCGACAUCCGAGCAAAAUCUCUCCACGAAUCGCUACGAAACGAUCGAAGAAAAUGUCGAAAGCAAGAAGAGUCUCGAUUGGAUUUUCAGCAGUAAUUCCAUCAACGAAGCUGCAGCGACAAAAGAUCCUCGUCCUUCGAUCGUCUUGCAGCAACAAAGUUCCAUCGAUUCCGAGGAGGAAGACGACAAAGUGCUCGAUUCAAUUCAUUUGCGUGAAAUUCCGAUGCGCAGUUCGGGUAUUUUGCAUUCCGUGGAAGACUUGUCGAUCGAUUCGUCCUUUUAUUUUCGCAAUCGUUCGAGUUUCUCGAGUCAUCGGGGCAGCAGUCGACGUAGCAAGGCACCCGCACCGCAACCGGAAGUCGUAAAUAACGACGAAAUUGUCAUAAAAAUACCGAUUAUCGAAGCGACAGAUAACUCGUUGACGGUUAACUCGAAUCGUGGCCUUAGCAAGAGUAUGGUCAUUACGAAUCCGAAUGCAACGACAGUUGCGGGUUUCAUAAAGCAAGAGAACAAGGCGAGUCAACGUUCGAUUUUGGGGAAAAUUAAGAAGUAUAUCGACUUGAAUCUGCUCAAGGAAUGCAAUUUUAUACUUUUUUGCUUGUCUACGGUCUUGAUGACGACAGGAGCUCCGUAUGCGAUCAUCUAUUUGCCCUCGUACAUCAUCGAUAUUGGAUACACGAAGCAUGACGCUGGAUUUUUGCUCGGAUUAUGUGCUUGUCAUGACUUGUUUGGCAGACUUUUCUUUGGAUACCUAUCGGAUUUGCAAUUAUUUGAUCGGCGCAAGGCUUAUAUUACAUUCAUUUUUGGCGCUGGAAUCGCUGUCAUGCUUAUUCCAUGUGUUAAUACUUGGUACUUGAUUUGCAUGGCUGUCGGUUGUUACGGAUUAUUCUUCGGAUGUUGGUACCUAUUAAUUCCCGUGUUAUUGGCUGAUCUCUUUGGAACUGAACGCAUUUCCUCGUCAAUUGGGCUCGUUCGGAUGUUCCAGAGCGUAAUGGCAAUUACAGUUCCUCCCACGGCAGGAUUGUUACGUGACGUCUACGGCAGUUACGAGAUCUGUUUUUACACAAUGGGAACAUUUAUGGUACUUGGCAGCCUACCGUUGUUGGUUACGAUUAUCCAAACUCGUCAAGAUCCAAACGAAAUUUCAAAGGAAAAAAAUUGAAAAUUAAUUUAAGCAACUUUUUGAUGAAUUUAAUUUAAAAUUUUUAGUUUUUAUUAUGAAAAAACCUCACUACAGACCUGUUUCGUGCCUUUUUUGCGAAACACAAACAAAAGGGUUUAAGUUGACUUCAUCACACUGUGAUUCA